UAAUGCAAGUCUGCAGCCAGCAGAGCUCACAGUUGUUGCAAAGCGCUCAGCACUAAGGGAGCCAGCGCACAGCACAGCCAGGAAGGCGAGCGAGCACAGCCAGCCCAGCCAGCCCGGAGGUCAUUUGAUUGCCCCCCUCAGAACGAUGGAUCUGCAUCUCUUCGACUACUCAGAGCCAGGGAACUUCUCGGACAUCAGCUGGCCCUGCAACAGCAGUGACUGCAUCGUGGUGGACACGGUGAUGUGCCCCAACAUGCCCAACAAAAGCGUCCUGCUCUACACGCUCUCCUUCAUUUACAUUUUCAUCUUCGUCAUCGGCAUGAUUGCCAACUCCGUGGUGGUCUGGGUGAAUAUCCAGGCCAAGACCACAGGCUAUGACACGCACUGCUACAUCUUGAACCUGGCCAUCGCCGACCUGUGGGUUGUCCUCACCAUCCCGGUCUGGGUGGUCAGCCUCGUGCAGCACAACCAGUGGCCCAUGGGCGAGCUCACGUGCAAAGUCACACACCUCAUCUUCUCCAUCAACCUCUUCGGCAGCAUUUUCUUCCUCACAUGUAUGAGCGUGGACCGCUACCUCUCCAUCACCUACUUCACCAACACCUCGAGCAGCAGAAAGAAGAUGGUACGCCGUGUCGUCUGCAUCCUGGUGUGGCUGCUCGCCUUCUGCGUGUCCCUGCCCGACACCUACUACCUGAAGACCGUCACGUCUGCGUCCAACAACGAGACCUACUGCCGGUCCUUCUACCCCGAGCACAGCGUCAAGGAGUGGCUGAUCGGCAUGGAGCUGGUCUCUGUGAUUUUGGGCUUCGCCAUUCCCUUCUCCGUCAUCGCUGUCUUCUACUUCCUGCUGGCCAGAGCCAUCUCGGCGUCCGGUGACCAGGAGAAGCACAGCAGCCGGAAGAUCAUCUUCUCCUACGUGGUGGUCUUCCUCGUCUGCUGGCUGCCCUACCACGUGGCGGUGCUGCUGGACAUCUUCUCCAUCCUGCACUACAUCCCUUUCACCUGCCGGCUGGAGCACGCCCUCUUCACGGCCCUGCACGUCACACAGUGCCUGUCGCUGGUGCACUGCUGCGUCAACCCCGUCCUCUACAGCUUCAUCAAUCGCAACUACAGGUACGAGCUGAUGAAGGCCUUCAUCUUCAAGUACUCGGCCAAAACAGGGCUCACCAAGCUCAUCGACGCCUCCAGAGUCUCAGAAACGGAGUACUCUGCCUUGGAGCAGAGCACCAAGUGAUCUGCCCUGGAGAGGCUCUGGGACGCGUUUACUUGUCUUUGAACAGGGUGAUAGGCCCUAUGGUUUUCUAGAGCAAAGCAAAGUAGCUUCUGGUCUUGAUGCUUGAGUAGCGUGAACGGGGGAGCACGUGCCCCCUGCAUCCAUUCUCUCUUUCUCUUGACGACGCGGCUGUCGUCUGGCUGUGCGUGCUGACAGUUUUGCAACAGGCAGAGCUGUGUCGCACAGCAGUGCUGUGCGUCGGAGCCAGCCGAGGAUGGGCUUGCCUGGACUUCUGUAAGAUAGGAUUUUCUGUGUUUCCUGAAUUUUUUAUAUGGUGAUUUGUAUUUAAAUUUUAAGACUUUAUUUUCUCACUAUUGAUGUACCUUAUAAAUGUAUUUGAAAGUUAAAUAUAUUUUAAAUAUUGUUUGGGAGGCAUAGUGCUGACAUAUAUUCGGAGUGUUGUAGUUUUAAGGUUAGCAUGACUUCAGUUUUGACUAAGGAUGACACUAAUUGUUAGCUGUUUUGAAAUUUUAUAUAUAUAAAUAUAUAUAAAUAUAUAAAUAUAUGCCGGUCUUGGCUGAAAUGUUUUAUUUACCAUAGUUUUAUAUCUGUGUGGUGUUUUGUACCGGCACGGGAUAUGGAACGAAAACUGCUUUGUAAUGCAGUUUGUGACAUUAAUAGUAUUGUAAAGUUACACUUAAAAAAAACAAAAAACUGUUCUGGACUGCAAAUCUGUGCACACAACGAACAGUUGCAUUUCAGAGAGUUCUCUCAAUUUGUAAGUUAUUUUUUUUAAUAAAGAUUUUUGUUUCCUAAAAAUGCA